GUAAAGCUGUCGGUGAUUUGAUUGUAAGAAUGGAAAGGUUCCGGACUUCUGUUUGUCAUAUACACUGAUACACUGAUUAUAGUAAUUACGAAUAGUAUAGAAUAUACGAAAAUACUUACUGAAAAGUAAAAGCCUACCUAUAAGUAGAAAGAUUAAAUCAUUAAGAACUAUUUGCUUUGGAAACAAUACAAAAACCCUUAAGACAAAAUGAGUGGAAUUGUGAGUUUGACGCCAAUAUCUGUUUGUCUAUCUGUGUCAUCGUAGCUCCCAAAUGAGUGAACUGAUGAUUCAUCGACAUUUACAAAAAUAUGUUUUACUAAGUUUAUCUUUUCUCUUGUUAACAGAUGCAGAUCAGCUAUGCACAAAUCGCGGGUGUUGCGGUGCGGGCGCACGGACGCGACUCACGCAGGCUGCGCGCACGCAGCUCGAGUCCGCGCUGUGGAGCGAGCUCAGCAAGUUAGCUGACACACUCACUAACAGAGCUAUCAAGUUUGAUGAAUUCUUCAGGCGGUUGUUAAAGCAAUCACGAGAGGAGUUCCACAUGAUGUUCAAGAGAACGUACGGCAUGAUCUACGAACAACACUCCUAUGUCUUCGAGCAACUUUUUGAACAGCUUGAAAGGUACUACACCCGAGGAGACACGAACUUCGACGUGAUGAUGGAUGGGUUCUUCAGCAUACUCUACAACAAGAUGUUCACCGUUCUCAACUCACAGUACGAUUUUGACGAGAAGUAUUUGAAAUGCGUGAACGAACAUAUGCGAGACAUCCAGCCAUUCGAAGACGUUCCCAAGAAGCUGUCGGUACAGCUGCGCAGAGCUGUCGUGGCCACGCGCACCUUCCACAAGGCGUUGAGAGCCGGCGCUGAUGUUGUGAGGAGUAUGAUGCAGGUGCCAGUAACGUCCGAGUGCGUGACGUCAUGGGCGCGGCUCCGGUACUGCGGCGGGUGCGCCGGGUAUCAGCAACCCGCCUGCACGCGCUAUUGUCACAACGUCAUCCGCGGCUGUCUGCCCGCACACGCCGAUCUCGGAGACCAGUGGGAUGCCUAUGUCGACGCCGUAGAUAAAGUGGCCGACCGUUUGCUUGGUCCAUUUAACAUCGCUAUGGUGGUCGAGCCCAUAGACAUAAAGAUAUCCGAAGCGAUCAUGAGCUUCCAGGAGCACAACAGGGAGAUAUCGCAGAAAAUAUUCACGGGGUGUGGGAAACCCGUCCUGGGCGGUGGUGGUGGUGCUGGACCGUUCUUUGCACCAGGGAAGACGAAACGAUCCGUACGAGCCAUACCUGACUUCGACUGGCCACAAAGAGUCGAUGACGUUGACGAUUUCGAAAUAGAAGCUUCAUUCGAGAGCAUUGUGAACGAGGAUCCGUCAUUAGCAAGCUUACGGACUCCGGAAGGCAUCCGAAAAGCUACGGAGGAGAUGGCGGAACAAGCGAAGUCUCGAGAGAGGUUCUUACAGUACAUGAGGGGUAAUAUCGACCUUGAGGAGUAUGAGGAACAUGAGAGGAAGCGUCGGGACGCCGACCCAGAGCCCGCUGCCGCUGGAAACAUGGAUAUCGAUUUCAAGUCGUACGAUUUCGAUGAGAAGAAGGGACCUAAGAAGAAGAAGCCUUCGGCUAAAAGCGAAGAGAGUCGCGGGUCAGAUUGGGGUGGACCCGCGCUAGAGAAACUCGUCCGUGAGACUCGAGUGCGCAUGCGCAACACGCGUCGCUACUGGAACCAUCUCCCCGCACUACUCUGCACCUCCACCAGUGUUACCAGCUCACCUUGCUUCAAUGGAACUGAUGUUGCCAGCUACACUCUAAACGCAGCCAGUGAAGGUACAGCGGGUUUAGCUAGCAACCCCGAAGUGCGAGGUGUUGCCAGCCCUAUCGCGGUCGCCAGUGUUGCCACGCAAGGAGAUUCUCUACGGACUUUAACCGCUCGACUUAAGGACGCUUACAAUGGAGUCGAAGUUCAGUGGCUUGAUACCGAUGGCAAGGACUUACAAGUGGCCAACUCUUUCGGUCGCGAGAUCUUGGAGGACGUGGAGUCUGGCUCCGGGUCUGGGGAUUGGGGCACCAGCGACGGACUGCCUGAUGAUGACGAGGACAGGCUUAAUGGAUACGAUACUGGUUCAGGCGACAGUCCACCUGACGCGGAAGACGAGCAAACCGAACGCGAACCCGAAGUGAUGUCACCACAACCUCGACCAGUGACUGAAGCACCGAUCAUACCAUCCAUCAUAGACUCGCCUGCCACUAACAACGUCAAUGUACGCGGCCGAGUCGGACCAGACACGGACGUGGGUAUAGUUAUACCACCUCAAACUGACACGGGCGACACUCCAGAGAUCCCUGAUACAUCUGAUAGAGACAGUGAAGUGCCGCGUCCUCCUCCUCAAGAUAUACCUACAAGGGAACAGCCAGUCGCCGGCGGCGCAGACAGCCCGGCCUUACAACGAGCACUCAUCACGUACGCACUGCCCGUCGUCUGCGCCUGGUUCGGUACCAUAGUCACCGACCUCUUCUAAAGUCUCUUCUAGUAAUGAACGUGUAUAGGAAUCGUGUGGUUUGUAUAUAGCCUAGUCAGUGAGCGACCCAGGGAAGCUACAGCGCACUCGCGCUACUGUGAUAUUGUGGACUCGGCAAGUUACGGAACGUUACAACACGGACAAUGACAUUCAACAAAUUUAUACACAGUGCGUUGUGUAGUGAAUUAAUUUAUUUUUGUUUCAAAUAAUUCCGUUACAUUUCCGUACAACCCUUUUGAAAAGUGAACGACAAUAAAUGGGGAGUAUUUUUUUAAUCUGGCAAUUAAAUAUUAUGGCAUUAUAUAUUUUUAAUUUAGCUAAAAUUGAAAUCAGCCAAAUUAUGUAUUUAUUAAAUGAUCUUUUUUCGUGUAAAUAAAGUGUAAAUUAUACCGCGGUAGAUAGUGAAUGUAUGUUUUAUUUUACUAGUAUAUAAGUAUGUCUGUACGAUGCUGUAUAGUCUGUGGGUUGGCGCCAAAAAUGUUUGCUGUAAAAUUUUGUUUUAAUGAAUUUUACAACCCUUUUAUUUUCAUUUUCUUAUUAUUUAUUCAUCAAUGAAGUUCACACAACUAAACUAAAUUGAAUUUAAAAAAAUCUAAUCCUAAUUUUCAGAGAACUCAUAUAUUUUGGCACUUAACCACAGACUAUAAAAAACUAAAAAAAAAACAUGUCUAAAAAUGUACAUAAAACUUAGUCAUAAUUUGUAUAAGUAAGUUUAUAGACUGAUUUGCUUUCGAUUUAUAUUUUACACGCAAAUUAUAAUAAUAUUAUUUCAUUCGGACUAAGAUAAAUACUAAUCAUUUAACCGACUGAUAUAAUGAUUAUUUCGAUUUUAUUAUUACAUAAUAUGUAUUCAUAUUUUAAUUUUAAUAAUAAUAUUUUUUCGUUAAAAUAUUUAUCUACGAUUUUGGCUUCAGCUUUACUUUGCUAAGUAUAGAAUUUAAUUUGCAAUUUCGUGUCGCAGGCAAAGUUAUAAUUAAGGCAAAUGGUUAAGCGUCUGACAGAUUGCAAAUUGAAUAUUUUUUACACGUAGAUAAGUGACACCAGUGUAUAAUAUUCUAAGUGUUAUUUCUUUUUAUACGUAAUGUGGCGUCGUGUAUGUAAACAUGUCAUAUAAGUCGCAGCUUAAGAGAUACAUUCAUGUAAUUCCCUAUAAUUGAUAUUUUUGUUAAAAUUUUCUUCUUAAACACUUGGAAUUGAUGUUUUGGAUGUAGCUGUUGGAUAAAAAUCUAAGUCAUAUUGUCUGUUUGGUACAUUUUAGUAUAAGACAGCUGCGACAAUAACACGCACAAUUAUUUUUAAUAUUGGAACAAGCAGAGGAAGGUACUGUGUAACAAAUAAUCAAAUAGAAAGUGUACAAUUUUACACGUUUUCAACUAAUUUGAAAUAAUAAAAAAUAUAUUUUGAAAAUUUCGUUUUUGAUUUGGCGAUUUUCAUUCACACCUUCCUUUGUGCUUUUGAUGAAGUUUGACUUCGACCCGUAGACGUGUAGAACGUUUGUUUUAAAGUAAUUGUCGGCAAGAGGAUGCACGCAUUUACCGAGCAUAUAGUAUUGCUAAGAAACAAUUCAAUAGAAAAUUUAUGCAACACGUAUUUUAUACCCUUAACUAUAAAGUACAUAAUAAAAGGACAUCAUAAAUCGUAUACCAAGAGUACGGGGACCAAGCUAUAUGGUAUCGCUAUGUGCCAUCUAUUUAAGAAUUAUUUAGCGCACAAAUGGAAUGUACACCACGCUAAACGGCCCGUGUUUUAUUUCUAUUUAUAUGUACGUAUGGCAGUGAGUUCCGAGACGCAGUUUGAAUAUUUUAUAUAGAACAAUAAUGUACUUAUUUGUACCAGGAAUAAAAUAUUCUAUUCAGAGUUGUUUUCAAUUUAAUUCCCGAAUUAUAGACUAAACU